AUGACUCUAGCGGGUUCCGAAGAUGCAGUCAUGCAACAGAAAAUGAUAGAACUCGAGCGAGAACUUAUAGAAUUCCAAGAGUCCAGCAAGGAGCUAGAACAAGCGUUGGAGGAAGAACUUCAAUCUCUAGAAACAAGAAAUGCGCUUCUCCUAGCCCAAGUACAAGAAAAGGACCAGAAAAUUCGUGAAUUGACUCAAAACAUUGCCUCACUCAACAAAGAACUUGUCGAACAGACGCUGCUGGCAGCAGACCAAGUAUCUGAGCAAGAGAAGGAGAUUUCCGAUUUGAAACACAAACUUGUACAUAUGGAGAUUCUGAACGAUGACAUGCUUUCGCAAGAUCGUGUUCUUGAAAGCAAGUACCAACUCGCUACACAGUUCAACAACGAGCUUCUUGAAAAGAUUGCUUUGGUGGAGAAUGAACUAGAUUUAGAACGUCAGGCCAGUGCUCGCCAGCGGCUCAUAAUCUCCAAUCUUGAAAACGCAGCUCAAGCUUGCGAAAUAGCCAAAGUAGACAAAGUAUACAAGGUAGAACGACAGAGUAUCUCCCUCAAAAAUACCCGCCGAGUCAGCACAAUCGAUGACUUCUCGUUUGCAGACGGAACGGUGCUUGACAUUGGCGAAAUGCUUGCUUCAGAACCACCCAAAACGUCAGGCGGAAUGCCACAUUCAGAAUCUCUAAUGCUUUUCCAUGAGCUCUACUCUAGAUCUAGUAUGCUACGGCAAAAGGUUGGCGAGGUAAACAGUACCCUUGCACUCAAGUCUCCUUCCACCACACAGCUCACCAAACAAACUACCGCAUCUGGCGCACUGACGCCGACUACUCCCCUUUCGCCUCUGUAUUUCCCGGACAUUUCUCUGAGCGUAGAGGCCCGAGCAAUCCCUGCAAAUCAAGUUUACGAAAAACCAACACCACCUCUAACACGAAAGAAAACUACAUUGAGAACUCUUGUGAAAGGUUUUAUCAGGGUAUGA